AUGAAAAGCUAUCUAGAGAAACAAGACCCUAAAUGCGUAGUGCCCAAGAAGUUAAGUGAUACACGUUGGUCAGCAAGGGCUGAUUCUUGUAAAGCAUUAUGUACAGGAUACGCAUGUUUUAAACAAGCUUUAGAGGUUAUUUCAAAGGAUACAUCGCAAAAAUCCAUUGUAAAAGUUGAAGCUGAAUCACUUUACAACCAAUUGGACAAACUAGAAACAGGAAUAAUGGUCACAUUUUGGAAUGACGUACUGCAAACAAUUAAUGCUUCCAAUAAUACGCUACAAAAAGUCAAUUGUGAUAUUGAAACAGUUGUAAAUUUGUAUAAUUCGUUAACCAUGUAUCUGUCAUCUAAGAGAAAUAGCGAUUUUAUCAGUUACUAUGAAUCAAAAGGAAAACUAUUAUCGUCAAAUGAAGAAUAUGAAGCUAAAAAGAUCUGCAAAAGAAAAAAACACUUCGAUGAGACUAAUAUAGUUGAAGUUGUGUUUAAUUAA